GUGAAAGAACACGUACUAAAAUAGCUAAAACAAUAGCGUUUGCAGCUUUGGUAAUUACUACAUAUUAUGUAAUGGAAAACAAACAUUCAUUUUCUCUCAUCCUUUGCUGCUUUCUCUUGGCGUCGCUCCUUCUCUUCCCUCCUGCAACUGGCUCUCGUAUACUCCAGCAGGAUUAUGAUUAUGAAGAAGGUGACAAUGGACAAACCAAAGCUGGCGUGAGAAGAAUUCCUUCGAAAACGGCACCAUCUUGGGGGAAUACUCCGCCGACGCCGACGGAUUUACAAUCAUGGAAGAGGUCGUACGAAGCUCAAGUGCGGCAACAAGCGGAAAGCGAAGCGCGAAGUGAAGCUUGCCAAUGGACCCGUGGCGUUACCAAUACUUAUUGUGAUCCUUGAUGUUCAAGUCCGACGCGACCAACGAAAUGGCUAGAAUAAAAAGUCUGUCUUGUGCUUUCCAUUCUCCUGGACCAGAGUAUCUGUCUGUGCUACCUGUUUUGUUUGCGACUGUGUAUUGUGUGUUUCUAAGCGAUGUUUACUUGAAUUGUAAGAAAUUAUUUGUC